AGUAGUUUCCGUAUUACUGGUGUAUCUUCUGGAUGUGCAUUAUUUAUGCGGUUUAUAACAUUUGCUAAGUUGGAUAAUAUUACAGUGAACCUAUAUUUAUGGACUUCUCACAAUAGCGGACUACUUAUUAAUGGAUAUUUUAUCGGGUCCCGGCAAAAAUAUACUUAUUAGAUAGGCCCUAAGUAUUCCUAAGUUACUGGACCCUUCGAUACAACUGUAAUAUAUUUUUAAUUUUUGAAUAGCCAAUAAGUGCAAAGAUAUGUAUAAUUUUACAUAAAUCAAUAGUGAAAAUAAUUAUUUAGUGCACCACAAAUAUUAAUGAAUAUUCAUCUGCAUAAUGACUUUACAUAGCCAGCAUUGAAAUAAUUAUCGGUAUUUCAAAGUUUUCUAAAUUUGUGUGUAUAUGAGUACACCAUUAUGUCUUGUGGUAAGAGAAAAAGAUUAACUUUGGCACAAAAAAUUGAAAUCAUAAAAUUUGUGGAAACAGAAAAUGUUGGAGUACGAGCAGUAGCCGAAAAAUUUAAUAUUGGUAAAACGCAGGUUAGUGAUAUAUUAAAAAACAAAGUUUAUUUAUCACAAACAUUUGUGAAGCAAGGAAGUGAAAAAUCAAAACGUAAAUUUCCAAAAUCGGAUGGUGAAAUAAUUGACACAGUGAUAUUUCAAUGGUACCUACAUGCUCGCGUCAACAAUUUUCCAAUCUCAGGUCCAGUAUUGAAAGAAAAAGCAUUAGAAUUGGCAUCAGAAGUUGGCCUUAAUGAAUUUAAAGCAUCUAAUGGAUGGUUGCAAAAAUUUAAAGACAGGCAUCAAAUUUCUUAUAAAAAUAUUAACGCAAAUCCUACAUCACUAAAAGAAUGUGUUAUUACUGAAUGGUUAAAUAAUGUAAAAGAAAUUAUUAAAGAUUAUAAGGAACGGGAUAUAUUUAACUGUGAUGAAACUGGUYUAUUUUAUCGUAUUCUUCCUGAAAAUACAAUGAACUUUAUAAAUGAGACCUGUAUUGAUGGAAAUUUAUCAAAAGAAAGACUGACCAUUAUGUUGUGCACUAACAUGGAUGGAGAAUUUGAAAAACCAUUGAUUAUAGGAAAGGUUGGGAAACAUAAUUGCUUUAAAAACAUUAAUAUAGACAACCUAAACAUUGUUUGGAAGUCCAACACUAAAGCAUGGAUGACACGUAACAUUAUGACUGAGUGGCUUUUAGAUUUUGAUUAUAGAAUGACUCAAUCAAAAAGAAAUAUAGUUMUUUUUCUAGAUAAUGCAAGUUCUCAUCCUUUGCUUAACAAUCUGCAAUCUAUUAAAUUAAUAUUUUUUCCACCAUAUUUAUCAUGUUGCUGUCAUCCUCUGAAACAAGGAGUUAUUCAAAAUUUUAAAAUUUUAUAUCGACAAUGUGUAUURAAAYAUCAGCUAUCAAUAAUGGACAAUAGUCCUCGGUUACUAAAUAGAAUCAAUGUGCUACACGCAAUUCUUUGGAUAAAACAUGCUAUUAAUGAAGUUAAAAGAUCAACAGUCAGAAAUAGUUUCAUUAAAUCUGGUAUCUUGAUCUCAGAUGAAAACCUAACAGAAGAUAAUCAUGCAACUAAUGAUUAUAAAGCAUUAUUAUUUCGUUUGAUUGGCGAUGAUUCAAUUAAUUAUGCGGAGUUAGAUAACAAACUUUUAACCGAAAAUCAAUCAUUAGAUUUAAUCAAAAUAAUGCAAGAAAUCAUUGAUCCACAAAUAAGUGAUGAAGAUGAUACUGAAGAUGAUACCUCAUAUUUUCUCAAUGAAGAUAUAGUCUUGACAAAUUUAGGACAAAUUUCUGAGUCCACUGAAACAAAGAAAAAUGAACAUCAAGUUAUUAGUUAAAAAUCAUUUUUCUUUAUUUUUAAUGUUUGCAACUUGUAGAU